AUGGCGCCGUGCAGGGCGGAGGCCGCGGAGGCCGCGCCCGCCGCGUUGCUCUUUCCGGGACUGGCCCUGGGCCUCUUGGGGUCCCUGGGACUCCUGCAACAGCUGCGCCUGCUGCUCGCCAGCCUACCGUCCGAGCUCUUUUGCAGCGCAGCACUUCUGGCUGCAGGCCUGGUGUUGCUACUGGCAGACCAGCUUCAAGGGCUGCUCUUGAAAGAGCGACUGCACCUGGUGCCGGGGCGAGUGCUCCGCGAGCUCACGCAGCGCUACCUCUCCGCCGCCCCGCGCCUGGGCCUCCUC